AUGGGGUCAUAUACUGGAUCAUGUCAGAACAGUUCAAGGGGUGGGAGCAGUGCCGGCUCUACUAACAGCUACACUUCGGUUCGCUCCAAGAGCACGGCCCCCACCAUCUUCAGCGAUCUGUCCCCGCUGAAACGGGGACAGACAAGGGAUGGGGCUUAUGGCAGAGAAACCGAGGAUUCCGUCUCUACGUCUGCGUCGUCCAGUUCAUCAGUUGACUGGCUUCCGGAGGGACCACAGUACGACGUGAUUGAUCGCAGGCAAGGCUACCUCCCCUCAGAGGCAGUACCUUCUAAUCCGCCAAUCUUCGCGGACUUGUUUCCAUCGUCCCGUCGAUUGCGCAUCCGACAUGAUGACACAACUCUUGAUGGCAACAUGAAUCUGCGCGUGGACACUUUGGUCACGCAAAGAAACGGUUACCAGCAAGACGUCAUCCUGUUUCAUCUCCGCAUGUACGAUCUAUAUCCCAGAAGAUUCUCUCUCCGUCGGUACUGCCGAGACUCCGGGCGAGAGGUGUGCCACUCCACACGAAAACCGGUGUCGUCCCGCAAUGAGAAGCGCAGCCUCUUCAGCCGGCCCUGGAGUGGCAUGCUAUCAGCCCUCCGGCCAGGCUCAAGCGGCAACCAGGGCAUAUCCCCAAGGAAUAUCCUCAGGCGGCAGGACUUGGGUAAUAAGUCCAUCAACGAUGACGACCUAUCAUCUAGAAAUGGGGGUUCGGAUUCUGGAGAUAAACUCUCAAACACGAUUAUGCUGGAAUUUUCCAACUACGCUCACGUCGAGGUCAACCGACGAGGCACCAACGCUGCCAAGAAGUAUGAGUAUGAAUACUGGUCGACCAAAUACCAAUGGAGACGAGAGAUGCGGAAGGAAGGGGACCUCCGAGAGGCAUCCUACCACCUCGUCAACUUGAAAACUGGGAAAACUGUGGCACAUCUCGUCCCCGACAUCCUGACUCCGUUGGAGGCUGUCGAAGAGGCAAGCAAGGGAGGCUGGAUUCCGCCGUCGUCCAUGUGGAUAAACGAUUCGUUUGUGUAUGACAAGAUGCCUGACAUAGCCGAUGUGAUCGUUGCAACCGGACUCGCCGUCCUUGUCGACGACUGUAUCCACCGACGAUGGCAUUCCAAGGGACGUUCCCAGAGAGCACCGGUAGCGAAGAGUAUCGAGUUGAUGGGACCCAAAAAACUGUUUCAACGCAGAUGGUCAUCGUGA